AUGCAGGCUAGGCCCGCCGCCGCCCCGCUCUCCGCUCCCGCCCCUCCCAACAAUUCCGCCGCCGCCGCCGCCGCCGCCGCCGCAGUAGUCUCUAUCCUCAGCGACGCGGACCCCGACGACCGCCUCCGCGCGUCCGGCAUCAGCCCGGACCCCGCGCUGUUCCCGCACCUCCGCCAGUCGCUCAGCACCCUCCCGGAGUCCGCGUUCCCCGCGCUCGCCCGCUGGGCCGGCUCCGCCGCCGCCGUCUCCCUCCUCGCCGCCCGCGGCCUCUUCGCCGCCUCCUGGCGCCUCCUCCUCCUCCAGUUCCCUUCAUCACCGCCCCCUCCCCUCGCCACCUUCGCCCCGCUCGUCCGCCGCUACGCCCGCCUUGGCCGCGCCUCCGCGGCCCUCCGCGCGUUCCACUUCCUCCGCCGCAACCCCGACCGCUACACGGUCGAUGGCGACGGCUCCCCCGCCGCGACCUCCCUCCUAAACAUGGCUGUCGGGGCGCUCUGCAAGGAGGGCCACCCGCGCCCGGCCGCGAAACUCGUCGAGCGGUGCCGGCGUGAGGGGGAGCUGGCGCCCGACGAACGGACCUACAACAUGCUCCUCGACGGCUGGUCCAGCGCCCGCCGGCUGGACAAGGUCGGGAAGCUCUGGGCUGAGAUGCGUGUGGCCGGCGUGCGGCCGACGGUGGUCUCAUACGGGACUCUUAUCAAGGCGGUUUGUCGGAUGCAGCAGCCGGACCAGGCCGUGUCUCUCCUCGACGAGAUGAGGAAGGAAGGGAUCGAGGCGAAUCUGGUUACCUGCAACCCCAUCGUGCACGCCCUGGCUCACGCCGGCCGAUUUCGGGACGCAUACAACCUGCUCGAGAAAUUUCCUCUCUACGGGGUGGCGCCUAAUAUCUCGACAUUCAACUCGCUCGUGUUGGCUUACUGCAAAUAUGGAGACCUUGCCGGGGCAAGCGGUGUGCUCAAGGCCAUGAUGGGGAGGGGCAUCUUGCCAACGGCAAAAACGUACAAUUACUUCUUUGUGUUCUUCGCCAAGAACGGCAAUGUUGAGCUGGGGAUGAAUCUUUAUAACAAGAUGGUCAACAAUGGUUAUGCGCCGGACCAGACCACUUACAACCUCCUGGUCAAGAUGUUGUGCGAGGCUAAUCGGCUUGAAUUAGUGGUACAGAUGAUAAAGGAGAUGAAGGCUAAUGGCUUUGAGUCUGAUCUGGCAACAAGCACCAUGCUGAUACAUUUGCUUUGCCGAAACCAUCGGUUUGAAGAAGCGUGUGCUGAAUUUGAGGAUAUGUUUCGUCGAGGGCACGUGCCCCAGUAUAUCACUUACAGGAUGCUUAUGAAAGAGCUCAAGCGGCUGGGUUUGGUUCAACUGGAAGAGAAGUUGACCGAUCUAAUGCGCUCAGUACCACAUUCUACAAAGUUGCCUGGCAGCUACAGAGAAAAGGAAGGCGACAAUGCUAAAGAAAAGAGAAAAUUAAUAUUGGAGAAAGCUCAGGCUGUUUCCAAUGUUCUGAAGGAGUGUAAAGAUCCGAAGGAGUUGCACAAGCUAAAAGAUGAUGAAGAAACUGAUGUCCAGGCCGCAGAUAGGAUAGUAGCCAACAUUAGAAAAAGAGUAUAUGGAGGUGUCUCUAGGUUAGCCUCUCCACUUCCUUGA